AUGGAUUCAACGCGGACGAUUUCUGAAUUGAAAUCCGCAUUUAUCUGGAGCCAAGUUCGCAUUCUCUCCGAAAACCUUGAGCCACCAGAAGAUUGGAGGAACUAUGCAGUGGAGACCGAGGAAGAAGCUCUGCCUGAAAAGGUGAUUGAAGAUGUAUUACACAAAGUCAAUGCGGUAACAAAACAACAUAACCGCGUAGUUUACUCCUCCCAGGCGAUCCAUCAUGUCGCCCACCAGAUUGCCAGCCUCUAUUGGGCCUCCGUCAGCCAGGACAUACAAAGUCGGGCUGGACUCAGAAAUGGUGUGGAGAAGACGACAGAUCUUUCAAAACACUUGAACAUUCUCGAUUUGCCAUUGGAUCUGGAAUCACAAGGCGCCAACGAAGAACAAAACGAAAGAUACCAGCGUCUCCGGGAUCGACUGACCAGUCUAGAUCAACAGCGCCAGCAGAAACAGCGGCGAAUUGAUCAGCUGCAGCACCUCCACCGCUUGCUUGAGCCAUUCAAGGAGCCUCAGGUGGACAUUCAGCCCAAUCUGGUCACUCGUGAUGGAGAGUUAGCACAAGAAAUAGAGAAGAUGCGCAUGCUUGUAGCGCGAGUUAACAGCAGGAUUUCACAACAGAAACCUAGUUCCAUUCAAGGGGACGAAUAUAUUCUCCCGGGAUCAGAUCGACAACUGGACGCUUUAAUGGGCACGGAGCUAUGA